AGGCAGGGCCUAUCAAUUUCAAGGCUACAGAACCUUAUCUCAGGAAAAAACAGAGCGUAGCAUAUGGUUAGACACAGACGAUUAUCGACUUAGCAUAUAGAACCCUAUUCAUCUGAUACGCAGUACUAAAGCUUUCAACAACAUAACUAUGGCAGCCCUCAGUUACCAUUUUCAAUUCACACUUCACAAGAGUUCCAAAAAUGUCAAAGUUAAGCCUUUUAUCUGCUGUUCAACUCAGCCUCCUCAGAACAAUAUCAAGGUAGUUAUAAAUGGAGCAGCAAAAGAAAUAGGAAUGGCCGCAGUCGUUGCAGUGACUAAAGCCAGAGGAAUGGAGGUGGCAGGUGCAGUGGAUACCCAUUUUGUAGGGGAAGAUAUUGGAAAGCUCUGUAACAUGGAAGAGCCACUGGAAAUACCCAUAAUAAAUGACCUCACUAUGGUUUUAGGUUCAAUAUCUCAGGCAAAAGAGACAGGAGUUGUCAUUGAUUUCACUGAUCCUACCACAGUUUAUGACAAUGUGAAACAGGCAACAGCAUUUGGCAUGAAGAGUGUUGUCUAUGUGCCUCGGAUUAAACCAGACACAAUUGCUGCACUUUCUGCACUAUGUGAGAAGGCCAGCAUGGGUUGUCUGAUUGCACCAACACUAUCCAUAGGAUCUAUACUCCUCCAGCAGGCUGCCAUCUCAGCUUCUUUCCACUACAACAAUGUAGAAAUCGUGGAAUCAAGGUCACAUGCAACAGAUCUUCCAUCACCAGAUGCACACCAAAUUGCAAAGAACCUCUCCAAUCUGGGCCAGCUCUAUAAUAGAGAAGAUCUAUCAACAGAUGUUCUGGCAAGAGGCCAAGUUCUGGGAGAAGAUGGCGUCAGGGUGCAUAGCUUAGUCCUACCUGGGAUUCCCUCCAGCACAACAGUUCACUUCUCUGGCCCAGGAGAGGUUUACUCUAUCAAACAUGAUAUUACAGAUGUGCAAUGCCUCAUGCCUGGUCUCCUCUUGGCCAUUAGAAAGGUCAUCCGUCUUAAGGUAACCAAUUUUGCCACAUUUUUUCUCCUUCUUGAUGCUUUUUUGCUUCAGGAUUCAGCACUCUAUCUUGAAGUAAAAUCAUUCGUUUUGUCUUUUGUCAUUUGCGGCAGAAUCUGGUGUAUGGUCUGGAAAAAUUUUUGUAAGAAGCCAAGUGUUCUUGAACUGGGGUGUGGAACAUAAUCAUCAGCAUGAUCAGAUUAAAUGAAGAAAGCACAUACUCCUGCAGAUAAAUAGUCGACAAAAGGAAGUUUCAAGUGGCAAAUCAGUUAAGGAAAAGGAAGAUUUUGUCAACUUCUCAUUUAUUAAUGCAAUUAAUUAAAUGAACCUAUGGAAGAAUUCAAAGUUUUGGAGUUUGAUUUUUCUGGAUAUAUACAUGUGGAGGACUUUCAAAACACGUGCUAGCCCACAUUUCCUUUCGUAGAAUUGCAGAAUAAUCUGAAGAAAGCUAUAUCCAACCUGCAGUAAUCAAACCAAUUUUUUUGCAGUUUAAAUUUCGUAGUUGCUUAAACUUCAGACUCAACUCCAACUCUUAUUCGGCAGGGUUAUUACGAUGAAAUUAGGAUCUAAUCUGAACCUAUUCCUACUUAGUAAGACAUCUGCAUUUCUCUAUUCAGGAAUAAAUCGUUUGAUUUUUGCU